CUCAUGUGGGAGCCAAAAAACCCCCCACCACUUCUACUUCUGCCGGAAAGGCCACAAGGCAUCCCCACACCCAUGGGGAGACCAGCAGGUAGAUGAGGUCCUGCGCUCUAAGUCAGGAACAAGAAACUUCCAUGAAUGGUUGCAGAGGUCUCACUUUUACCGCAUAAUAUGCCCCGCGCACUAACCAACUCCACUUCAAAACUCUUCAUGACUUCCCUCCUAACCCCCCUCCUUCCUUUUUUCGCCUCCCCCCUUCCUCCACAGAAUGUGUGCGCCGCUGAACGCGGCCCCAAUAAUCAUAGGCGGGCUCCUACGGGAGAGCCUUUGCCAGCAUGUAUGAUAGAAUUAGCUUAGCUACUAGAUAGGCGAGUCCGCUUCGCCCGUCGUAUAUUCCGCUC